GACGGGACUGACAACCCCUGAUUCUGUAGGGUGGCACGGAUUUGUGCUUGUAGCUCCGAACUCAUGGUGAAAUUCGACGGGUGAUGACUACCUCACUAAUACAUACCUCCUACACCUUCACCUAAAUCUGGCAUCUGUCAUUUGGCAUCUGUACAUAAAACGCCAACGUCUCACAUCCCACCGACCAUACGGAGAAAGCAUAGCCUUCAUACAUUAAGUAGACUUUAUUAUACGCCGAAAUGUCUACAAUUGCUUCACCCCGCGACCCGCCGCGGCGCAUCAACUCAGCUAUAACGCCGACCUCUUCGAACCGACCCAGUCUCGAUGUCUCGCGAUCGCCCAUCGCCUCGCCGAACCCGAACGGCGGCGGCAGUCCGAACGCGGUCGUCAUCUCUAACCCCCCGGCCGCAAAACGCAAUCGUGCUGCUUUGCGCGAGUAUUACAACCUCAAGAAACAACCUGCUGCAACGCCGCCUCAGGUCGAAAUCACGGAUCCGUUCGGAGAAACCUCAGGCGGUGCGCAUGAGCAAUACUCGGAAGUGCCACCUAGUGAGAUGGACAAAGAAGGUUUUGACGUGGAUGCUUUUGUUAAGAAAGCUCUAGCUGAGAACGGCAUGGAAGAAUUACUACGAUUAUAUACGCGGGUCCUGUGUGAGAUAAGGGCGCUGGACGCCGAGAAGAAGGCUCUGGUAUACGACAACUAUAGCAAAUUAAUUACAGCUACUGAGACGAUACGUAAGAUGCGAACAAAUAUGGAUCCAUUGAACCCGAUGGCUUCUACGCUGGAUCCAGCAAUCGCUCAGAUAUAUUCUCAAGCCUCAGAGAUACGAGAUUCUCUACGGAAAUCAGUCCCACCACCGGAUAAAGAUCGGAAUCAGGCGGAAGAAGCGCGCCGGAAGAGGGCACGAAUGAAGCAGUUAGCAAUUGAGGUUUUAGAUGCGCCAGAUAAGAUACGCGCACUUGUCAAUGAAGGACGGCUAGAGGAUGCGAGGCAGGCGUGGAAGAUGCCGCGGAGACUUCUGCUAGUCUGGAAAGAGAAGGGCAUCGGUGGUCCCGACGUAGAUGCUUGCAUAGAAGAUGGUGACGCAGCACUGAACGGUGAACCAAGCAAGGGUGAUUGGCGAGAUCUGAAGACCAAGAAUUCGGAAUGAAUAGGUGUAGGUACCUAUUUAUAUUUAACACCACCCUCGGGAAGAAGCUGGCGAUCCGGUCGACGUCGAAUAGGCCGUUAAU